UAGUGGUGAAUAUAGUUCAUCGAUUUUAUCAUCACCUUUUAUGGCUAUAAAUUCAGUAUAUUUGUUGAUUUUUAAAACUAAUACAGAAUAUUCUGGUCUAGCUGUUAUGGGAUUUGAUAAUAUACAUAUUGUUAAUAAAAUAUAUGAAAACAUUUUUUAUUUUCCAAUUUUCUUAAAAAUAGAACCAUACAAUAUUGUUAUAUCAGACUGUAGUUCUUUACCAAACAAAUUUAUUUCUUUAUUGUUAAUAACUAAAAAUAGCCAAAGGUGUCUUGUAUUACAACAAAUUAUAGAUGACAGAUUCAUUCUAGACUUUUACUUAAAAACUACUAUAAUUGCACAUUACGAAGAUGAAACAGCAAAUGGCAUAUGGAAAAAAACUAAUCUAAAACUAAAACAUGAUGAAAUUACAUUAUUCAGAUUUAAUCAUUCAUUAGUAAUUGAAAAAUUUAAUGAAUUAAAUAAUGAAUCUAAGCAUACUUGCAAACCACAUGAAUGGCAACUUCCAGAUAAUUCAACUCAAUAUUUUACAUCACAUCUUACUUUGUGGAAUUCGAUUCAUUACAAGAUAAACAGUCAUCAAGAUUAUGAAAAUAUAGAUAAAACUUUUUUCAAGUUUAACUUAGAAAAACCACUAG